AUGUCGCGAAAUCAUAUACUACUUAAAGGAGACAAGAUGCCGGCAACAAGUCAGAAACCUUGUAAAUCAAAGAUCGGAUGCUCGGAGCUGUGUCCCCAACACCCACAAGAGGUUAUCAUCUAUUACUGCAGAACACAUGAUGACGUAGGAUGUCACAUGUGCAUUGCAGAUAAACAUAGCUUUUGUAAGGAUGAAAUCAUCUCAGAUAUUUUGAAAGACGUAGGAAUUGAAACAGAAUGCAAGAACUUUAUAAAAGACCUUGAAGAUGUUGGAAAACAAGCAGGCCUGUACAAGAAGCAGGGACAGGAAGAUAAAGGAAAAAUCGACAACUGUAACGACGCAGCGAUUCAACAAAUGAAAUCUUUCCGAAAGGACAUUACCUCAAGUCUAGACCAAAUGAAGUCUUCUCUAACGUCUGAAGCCACGAGGAAGCAAGAUGCUAAAUCUGAAAUAGAUAAACUCAUUUCUGAAUGUGAUUGUGUGACCAGAGAAACCGAGCAGCUCAAAACUGAAAUCGAGAAAAGUGAUAGAAGCAAGAUGUUCGUUUUAAUGAAGUUAAACAAAGAUAAAAUCAAAAUUUGUAAAACGGCCCUUCGUACGCUUACAGAUGGCAAGAACAUCAAUACGAUCUCGUUUGAACCUAACAAAACUUUACAAAGUAUACACAGUUUCGGCGAAAUCAAUAUCAAAACUGAAAUUAUGGCAACGAAGAAGAGGAACCCUUUUGAUAUUGUAGCAACAACUAGCACACCUGUAAGUGUGAAAUCCGACAGUGAUAAACGUCGCUGUGAAAUCAAUGGUAUAACAGUUGUGUCUACAGAUGAAAUCGCUGUGGCGGAUACCGGGAAUAAAACUGUAAAAUUUAUUGAUGUAAAGGAAAAUAAGGUCAUUUCAGAGUUAAUAUUCCCAACCGCACCUUGGGGUCUCACAAUGGUGACACCUAAAACACUUGCUGUAACCCUUCCUUAUAGUCAAGAGAUUCAGAUCUUAUCUAAAUGUGAAAGCUGGCAAAAAGAUCAUCAUAUUAAAGUAAGAGGAUAUUGUUAUGGCAUUGCGAAGUGUAGUGAUGGUAAUAUAGUUGUUUCGUUAAAACCUUCCCCAAGAGUAGAGAUACUUAGACAAAAUGGAGCUGUCCUCAAAACGUUCAAGGUAGACUCUAAAGGAUUUGACAUAUUCCGCGAUCCUCAAUACUUGGCCGUAGAUGUAGAUGAAAAAAAUGUUUAUGUUUCCGAUGUUGUCUUGAAUAAAGUGGCCAAACUUUCUUUGGCUACAGGAGAAAUAACUGCUUUACAUUCAAGUCACGGUGUAAGUCUGUACGGAAUUGCGGUUACUGAGAAUGGAGACGUGUUAGUCUGUGAUAUCAAAAAGAGCAAGAGCAAUGUAUACAUGUUUUCAGAUGAUUUAUCCAAUUCUAAAAUUAUGUUGGGUAAAAACGAUGGGCUGAUCAAGUGGAUUCAAGAAGACAAACUAGCUGUUGAUACAGAGGACGUAAACGACUUACACAAUCUGAAAGGCGUAUUUAAUGUGCGUUUCCAUACGUAUAAACCCUCUACAGAUCUGUAG